GGCGAAGCCGGAGCCCUCGGGCCUCGCCUUGAUGGGGAGAUCGAUCGAUCAUUCUAUUGCUUUCCAAUGACCCCUGUUUCCUCCUUUUGACGGGACCGGGCCGGCCCCUAGCGAGGAGGCCAUGACGGAUGCCUGUCCGGACCCCCCACCGGGCAAGAUGGAGGGGCCGGGUCCCGGCCCCCAACCGCCGCGACCUCCGACCCUUCCUGCCCCCGGGAGCCCCCCUGCCCCCUCUGAGCCGGACCGUCCUCUGGGGGCCCCCCCCGGGGGAGACCCGGCCAGCGGGGAGCUCCGCGAGGAUGCCGGGACCCCAGGCGUCCCGGUGAAGACGGCGGAGCCCUACUCCCGCGGAGACUGCGGUGGGAGCUUCCCCGGGCCCGGCCCCCCGGACCCCCCGCCCGCCGCCGAGACCCUGCGCUGCCCGCUCUGCGGCCGGGCCUUCGCCCAGCCGCGGGCGCUCAAGGAGCACUUCGGGACGCACGGCGGGCCCGGGCGCGGCGGCGAGGCCCAGGCCUGCCCCGUGGCGGGCUGCGGCCUCCGGCCGCCGGAUCGGCGGGCGCUGCGGGGGCACCUGCGGGCGGCUCACGGGGCCCGGGCCGUGGCCUGCGCCUUCCGGGGCUGCGCCCAGCUGUUCGCCGGCCGGCCGGCCAUGGAGGAGCACCGGCGCGGCCACUAUCCCUUCCACUGCCCGCGCUGCAGCUUCGUCGGCGCCAACGUCGGCCUCUUCCUCCGCCACCGGGACGCCCACGGGCCCGGGGAGCCCGCCCGGGCCCCGGCCCAGCCGCCUGAGCCCCAGCAGUGCCCGGGGGAGGAGAGACGCGUGCAGGAAGCCCGGCCCCGGCAGGACGAGGAGGAGGGGGAGGUGGCGACGGCCGCGAGGGGUGAGGACGAGGACCUCCGCCCCCCUCAGCCGGAGGAAAGCCAGGCCCAACCCGGCGGGGGCCAGGAGGGGCCUGUGAAGCACCGGGAAACCCCGGGGUCUCCGUGCCAAGGUCCGCCGUCGGGGGUCCCGUCGGCCCCGCCGAAGACGCACGUGUGCCCCGAGUGCCAGCGCUGCUUCAAGAAGCGGGCGCACCUGACGGAACACCUGCACCUGCACUUCCCCGACCCGAGCCUGCAGUGCCCGCACUGCGCCCGCUUCUUCACCAGCCGCAGCAAGCUGCGCACCCACCUGCGGCGGGAGCGGGGCCAGAAGGCCCACCGGUGCCCGUUCUGCCGCUACAGCGCCGUGGAGCGCGCCGCCCUCCGCCGCCACAUGGGCAGCCUGCACGGGGGCGAGGGCGCCGACGUCCCCGGCGCGGACCCCUACGCCUGCCCCGUCUGCCGCCAGGAGUUCCGCCUCAGCCGGGCCCUCAAGGAGCACCUGAAGGCCCACGCCGCCCGGCCGGCCCCGCUGCCCUGCUCCCGGGAGGGCUGCGGCCACGCGGCGCCCGACCGCCGGGCCCUGGGCCGGCACCUGCGGGAGGCCCACGGCGCCGCCCGCCCCGUGGCCUGCCGCCACCACGCCUGCCCGCUGCUCUUCGCCACGGCCGAGGCCAUGGAGGCCCACCACAGGAGCCACCUGGCCUUCCACUGCCCGCACUGCGACUUCGCCUGCUCCAACAAGCAGGCCUUCCGCCGCCACGCCCGCCAGGGCCACCCCGGGGCCGAGGAGCUGCGCUGCUCCUACUGCCCCUUCGCCAGCUUCAACCCCGUGGCCUUCCGGGACCACGUGGGCAAGAUGCACGCCCACGAGAAGAUCCACCGCUGCCCCGACUGCGCCUUCGCCACCGCCCACAAGCGGGCCCUGGCCCGCCACGCCCUGCUGCACACCGGAGAGAAACCCCACAAGUGUAAGCAGUGCGACUUCACCUGCCGGGACGUGAGCUACCUAUCCAAGCACAUGCUGACCCACUCCACCGCCAAGGACUACAUGUGCAGCGACUGCGGUUACGUCACCAAGUGGAAGCAAUACCUCAGCGUACACAUGCGCAAGCACACGGGGGAUCUCAGGUACCAGUGCGACGAAUGCCCCUAUCGCUGCCACCGGGCCGACCAGCUGAGCAGCCACAAGCUGCGCCACCGGGCCAAGUCGCUGACCUGCGAGGCGUGCGCCUUCGCCUGCAAGCGGCGGGCCGAGCUCCGCAAGCACGUGGCCGCCCGGCACCGGGCCGGCCCGCCCGCCCCGCCCGCCCCGCUCUACCCCUGCCGCUACUGCCCGUACCGGAGCCCCCACAAGCAGGCCCUGCGCAGCCACGAGAACAGCCGCCACACCCGCCUCCGCCAGUUCCGCUGCGCCCUCUGCCCCUACGCCACCUUCAGCAACACGGCCCUCUUCUGCCACAAGCGCAAGGCCCACGGCUACGUGCCCGGCGACCGGGCCUGGCUGGCCCACUACGCCCGCCGGGAGAGCGAGAGGGAGCGGGAGGGGGACGGCCCCGGCCCGGCCCCCCCGGGGGUGGGCGGGGAGGCCCCGGCCCCUCUGGGGAUGGGUGGCGAAACCCCGGCCUCCCCGGAGGUGGGCGUGGAGGCCCCGGCCCCUCUGGAGGUGGACGUGGAGGCCCCGGCCCCUCUGGAGGUGGACGUGGAGGCCCCGGCCACCCAGAGGGUGAGCGUGGAGAUCCCGACCUCCCAGAGGGUGAGCGUGGAGAUCCCGACCUCCCAGGGGGUGAGCGUGGAGAUCCCAAGCUCCCGGGGAGUGGGCGUGGAGAUCCCAACCUCCCGGGGGGUGGGCGUGGAGACCCCAACCUCUCGGGGGGUGGGCGUGGAGAUCCCAACCUCCCGGGGGGUGGGCGUGGAGAUCCCAACCUCCCGGGGGGUGGGCGUGGAGACCCCAACCCCCCAAGGGGUGAGCGUGGAGACCUCAACCUCCCGCGGGGUGGGCAUGGAGACCCCAACCUCCCAGGGGGUGAGCGUGGAGAUCCCAACCUCCCGGGGGGUGAGCAUGGAGAUCCCAACCUCCCGGGGGUUGGGCGUGGAGACCCCAACCUCCCAAGGGGUGAGCGUGGAGACCUCAACCUCCCGCGGGGUGGGCGUGGAGACCCCAACCUCCCGGGGGGUGAGCGUGGAGAUCCCAACCUCCCAAGGGGUGAGCGUGGAGAUCCCAACCUCCCGGGGAGUGAACGUGGAGACCCCAACCUCCCGAGGGGUGGGCGUGGAGACCCCAACCUCCCACGGGGUGGGGUCGGAGACCCCGGCCCCCCAGGGGGUGAAAGGUGACGUCCCGGCCCCCCAGGAGGUGGUCGACGAGCCCCCGGCCCCCCAGGGCAUGAGUGGCGAGGGAGAUGAGCAGGAGGAAGAAGGGGGCUGCACCCUCCACCUGGAGGUCGUGGACGUGGAGCUGGGGCCCGGGCCCGAGCCGCCCCCCGCCCCCUGCACGGACCCACCCGCGGCCUCCGGGGUGCCGGGCCCCGGGGAGCCCGGAGGGCUGGGGGGGGACCCGCCCGGCGAGGCCCCCCGGCCGGGGAGGAGGGAGCCGGACCCCCCGGGGCCCGGCCCGCCCGCCGACCCCCAGUUGUCGGCCCUGCGGGCGCUGAGGCAGCAGGACAAGGAGCGGGCCGAGGCGCUGGUGCUGGAGGGCCGCGUGCGGGUCGUGGUGGUCCCGCCCGCCGCCCCCGGCCGCCCCUUCCGCUGCCCCUUCCGCGCCCGCCGGGAGAAGACGCGGGCCGGCUGCCCGGCGGAGAUCCGCCCGGCCGGCCGCGCCCGGACCCUGCUGUGCCCCGACUGCGGGGCCGCCUUCAAGCAGCCGCGGGGCCUCGACACCCACCGCCUCGACAAGUGCCCGGUCCUGCUCGAGAAGGCCAGGGCGCCGACUCGGGCCACCCCUUCACGGCCUCCGGCGGACGAGGCCGCGGCCCCGGGGCCUUCACCGGACCGGGCCGCGGCCCCGGGGCCUCGGUCAAGCGGGACCCCGACCCCGGGGCCUCCGGUUGAGGCCGAUCCCUCAGACCCUCCACCCGAUGAAGCCACGCCACCCGGGCGCCCCUCUGGCGGGACCGCUGCCCCCGAGCCCCCGUCGGCGCCCCCCGACCCCGCCGUCCCCCGGGAGCCCCCGCCGGAGUUCCGCUUCGAGCGGGGUAAGUUCCGCUGCGGCUCCUGCCCCUUCCUCUGCUCGCGCCUGUCGUCCAUCUCCUCCCACGUGGCCCGGGGCUGCCGGGGCCGCGGGGCCCCCGCCGCCGCCGCCGCCCCGGGGGCCGCGGGCCUGGGCUGCCCCGCCUGCCCCUUCCGCUGCCGCCGGGAGCGGGCCCUGCGGGCGCACCGGGCCCGGGGCUGCCCCGGCCGGCCCCCCGGCUCCCCCGGGCCGGCCCCGGCCCGCGGCCCCCGCCCCCCGCUCCGCUGCCGCCUGUGCGACUUCACGUGCAAACAGCGGCGGCGGCUGGAGCGGCACGAGCGGGCCGAGCACGAGGGCGUGAAGCCGCACCGCUGCCCGUCCUGCGACUUCGCCACGACGCGCCGCUACCGGCUGGAGGCCCACCGCUCCCGCCACACCGGCCGGGGCCGCGUCCCCUGCCCGGCCUGCCCCCGGACCUUCGGCACCAACUCCAAGCUCCGCCUGCACCGCCUGCGCGUCCACGACAAGACCCCCACCCACUUCUGCCCGCUCUGCGACUACAGCGGCUACCUGCGCCACGAAAUCACCCGCCACGUCAACAGCUGCCACCGCGGGGCCGCGGCCUUCGCCUGCCCGACCUGCGAGGCCCGCUUCAGCUCCGACGCCGCCCUCAGGCGCCACGCCCUGCGCCGCCACGCGGAGCCCGCCGCCCCCUCCGGCCCGCCCGCCGGGGCCCCGGACGAGGAGGAGGACGGGGACGGCGAGGAGAAGGGGGAGGGCGCCGCCGUCCCGCCCCGCGGGCCCCGGCGGCCCCCGCGGCUGCGAUGCGCCAGCUGCGGGGAGGCCUUCCCCGGCCGGGCGGCCCUGGACGAGCACCGGCGGCGGAGGCACUUCGCCCACCGCUGCCGGCUGUGCCCCUUCGCCGGCCGGGAGCGGGCCGGCCUGGCGCGCCACUACCUGGAGCGGCACGAGGCCGGGCCCGACGGCGAGGGGGCCGGGGCCGAGCCCCCGCUGCGCUGCCCCUUCUGCGAGUUCUCCUGCCGCCACCAGCUGGUGCUGGACCACCACGUCAAGGGGCACGGGGGCACGCGGCUCUACCGGUGCGCCGACUGCCCCUACAGCACCAAGAACCGGCAGAAGAUCACCUGGCACAGCCGCGUGCACACCGGCGAGAGGCCCUAUCGCUGCCACCUCUGCCCCUACGCCUGUGCCGACCCCUCCAGGCUCAAGUAUCACAUGCGCACGCAUCAGGAAGAGCGCAAGUUCCUCUGCCCCGACUGCGGAUAUAAGUGCAAGUGGAUGAACCAGCUCAAGUACCACAUGACCAAACACACAGGGCUGAAGCCUCACCAGUGCCCCGAGUGCCCGUACCGCACCAACCGGGCGGACGCCCUGCGCGUGCACCGGGAGACGCGGCACCGGGAGACCCGGGCCUUCGUGUGCGACCAGUGCGGCAAGGCCUUCAAGACGCGCUUCCUGCUGCAGACCCACCUGCGGAAGCACAGCGACCAGCGGGCCUACGUCUGCCGCCUCUGCCGUCGCGCCUUCCGCUGGCCCGCCGGCCUGCGCCACCACGCCCUCACCCACUCCGCCCGGCACCCCUUCUUCUGCCGCUUCUGCCCCUACAAGGCCAAGCAGAAGUUCCAGGUGGUCCGCCACCUCCGCCGGCACCACCCCGACAGCGCCGGGCCCGACCCCGCCCAGGGCGUGGGCAGGGACCCCUCCGUGCCCCCCGUCCGCCUGCACGAAGUCCGGCUGGAGCCCCCCGCCUCCCGGCCCGAGGCCUGAGUCCCUCCCCGCUGGGCCGACGACGCCGUCGCCCCCUCGCCUCCCCGGAGGGCCCUGGACCCCAGGAGGAGGAGGAAGAGCAGGAAGAGGAGGAGGAAGAGCAGGAGGAGGUGGAAGAGGAGGAGGAGGAAGAACAAAAGGGGAUGGAAGAGGAGAAGAUCAGCCCACACCUGAGACUCGGGCAGGAGGUGGGAUGGAGGAGCCUCCUAUGUAGAGACACUUGUAAGAUAGACGGCUGCCUAACAGGGAGGAGUGAGCACCUGU